AUGCAUCGCGCAGCCACCAGAGCGCUCCGUACGACCUACCGAUGUACGGCGCGAACCUUGACUCGCAGUAGUCGACGAGGCCUCCUUCUGCCCCAACAGCCCUCUGCCGCCGUCGCCUACGGUGCUCGCCACUAUCAUCGCAACCCCGCGCGGUCGCCUCAGCACGCCGGCCACGCCAUCGAGCCUCUCAAGUCCUCCAUGUAUAUCCGCCGCUUCUCUGCCGCCCUCCGUCUCCGGCCUCGUCGGUUACGGCGCUUGGUACACCUACAACGGCAACGGUACCGCCAACGACAGCACGACGCUGUGGCCCGAAAGCUUUGUGACGACGGACCAGUGACGCCGCAGCCCCGACGCGGACGGUGCCUCGUCAUCGGUGCCGGCGAGUUGCAUACGGGCGCCUACGUGGGCGAGGGUCCCAUUUCCAAGACGACGGGCAACGACGGCAAGAGGGUUGUGGAGAUGAUCACCCCCGACCAGGCGACGGAGAAGCUGCGCAAGACGGAGCAGUCCUACUUCGUCAACAGAGGACAGGGUGUUCUGCGCUACGACCUGGUUCAGCUGCCGAGCAACGACCCCAUCGAGGAUGACCACGCGGAGAAGAUUGUCGAGGUUCCCGGCCGCAACGGAGCCUCAGACGUGCCCAACAGUGACUGGAUGUUCUGGGGCGUCUUUGACGGCCACUCGCAGCGCCUGGCCACUCCCCUGCCGCCGAGGCUGUCGAGGCCGCCAUCAAGGCAGGUUUCACCAAGCUCGACGACGAGAUUGUCCACCAGAGUGUUGAAAAGGUUCUCAAGUCUGGCUCCAAGACUAUGGCCGCUGAGCUCCUCCCAACCCGCUCUCUCUGGCUCCUGCGCCCUCCUCUCCUUCUACGACAGCCGCUCCAAGCUUCUCCGCGUCGCUUGCACCGGUGACUCGCGCGCUGUCCUCGGCCGGCGCUCUGACUCGGGCAAGUGGACCGCCACGGCCCUCUCCGUCGACCAGACGGCAGCAACCCCGACGAGCCGCGCGCAUGCCCAAAGCUGCCCCCGGGCAAGGACUGAGUCUUCCACAACGAAAGCGUCCUCGGCGGUCUCGAACCGACAAAAAACAUUUGGCGACGCUACCUACAAGUGGAGCCGUGACAUCUCGAUGCGCCUUCGCCAGGCCUUCUUCGGCCGCACCCCGUCUCCGCUGCUCAAGACGCCGCCCUACGUGACGGCCGAGCCCGUUGUGACGACGACAAAAGUCAACCCCGAGAACGGCGACUUCCUUGUCCUCGCCACGGACGGCCUCUGGGAGAUGUUGACAAACGAGGAAGUCGUCGGCCUCGUCGGCAAGUGGAUCGAGACGCAGGCCAGCGGCUCGUCGUCCAACUCGCAGUUCGACUCGACCUGGGCCCGCAUCUUCGGCUCGGGCAACAAGCCCCAGCUCCCCGUCGAGCACGCCAAGGGCCAGGACGUCGGCGGCCAGAAGACGCCCAUCCGCCUGCAGCAGUGGGGCAUAUCCCCCGACGCGCCCGAGCGUUUUUGUCGUCAAGGACAAGAACGUCGCCACGCACCUCGUGCGCAACGCUCUCGGCGGCAAGAACGAGGGAGCAGGGUCACCCGCGCUUCUAACGCUGCCCGCCCCCUUUUCCCGACGGUACCGGUACGUCGUCCCCGCCUUCCCCCUUUUGCCCCUGGCAUGCCUCCCGUGCUUCUUGUAGCCCGAGUGCUAACGAACCAUGUCUACAGCGACGAUCUGACCGUCCAGGUCAUCUUCUUCGGCAACGGCAGCAAGACGGGCGAGGUCGUUGCCAACCUGGAAGCAACGGCGCCCGAGGAGCCCGUCAAGGCGAAGCUGUAA